AAGACAGUUCAGCUCCAGCUGGAGAAAGUAGAGUACAGCUCCCAUUAUCAAUUUGACAGGCCAUCUUGUAAAAACUUUUUCACUGCACUUUGUUUUUCUAGUUUCAGUUCCUGUAGCAUUGCAAUUAUCUCUCAGUGUUUUAUCGUGAUUAAUUGCACGGUUUCUUUUAUGGUCUGUGUAGAAGCUGAUACCCGGACAACUGUAUAGAUUUCAGCCUGGUAGUUUUAACACCUUAAUGAAGUUCCUGUCUCAUUUGAAACUUUUUAGCAGAGCAGUUUGCAGCCCAGAUGUGGAAAGCUGCAGGCGGAAAAUCUAUUUCCAUCACUGAUGAUGGCUCAGAUGACUGGGAGACUGAUCCAGACUUUGUGAAUGAUGUAUCUGAGAAGGAACAAAGAUGGGGAGCCAAGACCGUUGAGGGAUCUGGACACCAGGAGCAUAUUAACAUUCAUAAGCUGCGUGAAAAUGUCUCAGUGGAGCAUUGCAAAUUGAAGGAGCAGGAGCUGGAGAAUAUGCCUAAAGCUUCUCAUGGUUACGGUGGAAAAUUUGGAGUCCAGCAGGAUCGAAUGGAUAAGUCUGCUGUAGGCCAUGAGUACCAGAGUAAGCUGUCCAAACACUGCUCUCAGACCGACUCUGUGAAAGGAUUUGGCGGAAAAUUCGGUGUCCAAGCGGAUCGUAUUGACCAGUCUGCAGUUGGAUUUGAGUACACUGGCAAGACUGAAAAACAUGCUUCACAGAAAGACUAUUCAUCUGGUUUUGGGGGGAGAUAUGGUGUCCAGACUGAUCGUGUUGACCAGAGUGCAGUAGGAUUUGAUUACCAGGGCAAAACGGAAAAACAUGACUCUCAGAAAGAUUAUUCCAGAGGCUUUGGUGGGAAAUACGGGGUAGAAAAAGACAAAGUGGAUAAGAGUGCAGUGGGUUUUGAAUACCAAGGAAAAACCGAAAAGCACGAGUCUCAGAAAGACUAUGUUAAAGGUUUUGGCGGGAAGUUUGGUGUUCAGACAGACAGACAGGACAAGUCGGCCCUCGGUUGGGACCACCAGGAAAAGGUUCAGCUGCACGAGUCUCAGAAAGAUUAUAAGAGAGGGUUCGGAGGGAAAUACGGUGUUCAGAUGGAGAGGCAGGACAAAUCUGCUGUGGGCUUUGAGUACAAGGAGAAACUGGCCAAGCACGAGUCCCAGCAAGACUAUUCAAAGGGAUUUGGCGGAAAGUAUGGAGUACAAAAGGACAGAAUGGAUAAGAGUGCAGGUACCUUUGAGGAGGUUGAAAAGCCAUCUCCAGCCUACAAAAGAACCAAACCCGUGGAAGCUGCCGGAAGUAGUGCUAGCAGCAUGAAGGCCAGGUUUGAAAACCUCGCCAAGCAGAAGGAGGAGGAAGAUCGGAAACGAGCCGAGGAGGAGAAGGCGCGUCGCCUGGCAAAAGAGAAGGAAGAGCAGGAAGAAGCCAGGAGGAAGAUUGAGGAGCAGGCGAAAGCGAGACCCCCGUCCCCAGAGCCGGAGCCGGAGCCCACCCCGGCCCCAGUCUUUGAGCCCGUACGCCAGGAGAAGCCUGCCAGCCCCACUUAUGAGGAGCCAGCUCUAUAUGAGGAGCCAGCUGCUGACGAAAAAGAGCAAAAUGAUGACCUAUAUGAAAAUGCAGAGUCUGGCCACACGGUGCAGGAGUCUCACUACCAGGACCACACCUACGAGGCAGAACCCCAGGACACCUACCAGCAGGAGGCAGUGUACCAGAGCACGGAAGACGAAGGACAGUAUCAAGAUACCCAGACCUAUGCAGAAUAUGGAGAGGAUCUUGGUGUCACUGCAGUGGCUCUGUAUGAUUACCAGGCUGCUGGCGAUGAUGAGAUUUCCUUUGACCCAGACGACAUCAUCACCAACAUUGAAAUGAUUGAUGAGGGAUGGUGGAGGGGCGUGUGUAAAGGAGCUUAUGGGCUGUUCCCUGCUAAUUACGUGGAGGUUAGGCAAUAAAAAAAGCACUUUCCAGGGUACAGUUUUGCCUUAACUGCCACCUGCUUGUGCUCUAGCUCAUCUCCAUGAGGAAGAAAAGGUCGCCAUAUUCUUUAUUCUGUCUGUCAUUCCUGUGCCACUUGUAUACAAAGUGUUAAUACAUUCUCAGGUCUGUCCAUUGUUUCUUUUCACCAGUUAAGGCUAUUGCAAAAUUCAAAGGCUGCUUCUGUGUCCUGGCUGUCCUGAUUUCGGGAGGAUUAUAGUACAAAAGAAGUAUCAUGGCAUAAUUAAGCGAUAAAGAACAACUCUCAGGCUUUUCUUGGUUUAAAAUAAAGAUGUGCCCUAGAGGCAUUCCAUCUGCAGUUACUGCAGUAGGGCUACUGCACUGCUUCUAGAGAAUACUUUUACAUGUAAUUAACAAUCACUCAUUGUCAUCGAGGCUGGAGUGGAAAUAACUAAACAAACUGUCUGAUUAAAGUCACUCAGUUAAAAGUGUUACCAUAAAGGAGAUGAGAGUUAUCGUGUGUAUUUAAUAUUGAAUGCUCAAAUGGAAUUAAGCUUUGUUGGCUGGUUUUACAAACUCUGAUUAACCCUGGUCAUGACUAACUUCCUUAAAUGAAUUUUAGUAAGUCCAGAUACAACGCUAAUUAGGUGAUGUGAAACCAGCCCCAAAAGUAUUAGCCAGGAUUUAAAAACAUUUUAAUGGCCAAGGGCUAUCUUUUGAAAUAUUGACCACCAAAGAUUUUUCAUGUAUAAAGCCCAUGUUGCAGUGCAAAUCCAUAACUAAAACAGUUGUGGUCAUCCAGAGACUAUGAAAGCAACUGAUUAUCCAGAAAGGCCUGUGAUGACUGGAAACUCUAUUACUUGCUCGAAGAGCACAGGCUGUAAGUACCAUGCUGCAUCAUUUUGUGUAGUGUAGAAUUGCUUAUAUUUUUGUUUUGUUUUUUUCCUCUUUGGAGUUCUUAAUUGCUGAUUAAGCAGAACUGCUAAUGCUUGGAGAGACGAAAAAAACAAGCAAAGAUCAAUUUGUUUUGCACAUGUGAUCAAAUGUUUUAUUGUGUUGAUAAUGGCAUUCGUUUUACAUCAGAGACAUUUAAUGCAAAUAAUUAGUGGAUGUGCUGUUAAACUGGUUUGCAGGAUUUUAUCCCAAAGCCUCCCAUUCAUCUGCAGUGUCCCCAACUUUAACUCGAUAUUCCAUAUUUUCUUUGAAGAAAAUGUACAUUCAGAUAAAUUUGACAUUUCUGUGACUUCCUAAUUUUCCAAGUUCUGUAUAUGUGUUUCAUUGGCAUGUCAUGUCAGCCGGAGGUAGGAGGGUGGGGACAAUAUUGGUAUUCCACAACCUUUGUGUUUUAAUGUUUCAAUUUGAGCCACUGUGUUCAGAAAUGGGGCCAUACAUUUGUUACAUCAUUCAUGAACUUUGACCAACUAAAUGUAAAAAUUCAGUGUAAAUUCACAUAAGGGGAAACUGCUUAUGUUUAAACUUAAAACCCAAUUAGUGGUAAUUGUAAGAACGGAUGUUAAUAGUUUUAUGUAAUGAAUGGGACAAUCCUUAAAAUGCAAUGUAGAUGUCAUCACUUAAUUGCUUUAGUGUUAAUUUUGUUUACUACCGAUUGGGAAUUGCAUAAUCAUUUUUGGGUUGGGAUUUUAUAAAGUGACCUUUUCCGAUAUUAUUUUAUCUUUAUAUCAGCUUGCAUAAUACACUACAUAACCUAUACUUUAUUUUGGUUUUUUUUGUAAUUGAAUAAAGUGAAUAAAGUUUUCAGUAAAUAA